CUCCAAAUGUCCUACUAGCUGUUCGUAGACCUUUUGCUUUUCGGGUGAUAUUCUUUGAAGAAUAGCUCGCAGGGCCAAAGUGAGUGCAGUUGCCUUUUCGGUGGAUGAUCAACCAUUUGCAUUCGCGGCUGCCUCAAACUGACGGUGGUAGACAUUCCAAGGCGAUGUACCAUCAAAUUGCGCCGGUUUCAUUCGCAGAUGACCAGUCGACCCAACAGAAGCUCCAACCUCACUUGAUUUUUCCAACGGAAGUCCACGCUGUCGUUCGUCGAUGGUCUUGACGUCUAAAGCGGCAAACUUGCCUUGCAUUUCUUGUAUUCUGUCCUCUAAAAUUUAUAAAAUCGGUUUUUCCAACUCGCAAGAAUUUUCCAUAAUUUUAUCUUCCACUUCUUUUCUUAAAUUGGCAGUACUUUCCAAAAAUUUCUCUUCUAAUUUGUACUUUCCAAGAGUUUUCCUUCUAGAUCGGCACAAUUUUCCAUGAGCUUUCCUUCUAGGUUGGCACAAUGUUCC